GCUCGGGCAGCGGCUCCCGCUAUGGCUGCGCUCCGGAGGCUCCUGUGGCCGCCGCCUCGGCUUUCGACGACUCUCGGCCCUCAGCAGCCCUUCCUGUCACCGUGGGGGCGGCCUGCUGGGACGGCUCCGGUGCUGUCGGGCCGGCCCUUCUCCUGCCGCGAGGACGACGACGAGGGGGCCGUGGCUGAGGCGGCUUGGCGGCGGCGGCGCUGGGGUGAGCUGAGCAUCGCGGCGGCGGCAGGCGGGGGGCUGGUUGGCCUCGUGUGCUACCAGCUGUAUGGGGACCCCAGAGCAGAGCCCUCGGAGUUAGCGGCCCCAGAACCCGAAGACCCGCCCCGGGCCAGGGGGCUGCUGCCCAUCCCGGUGGCUGCUGCUAAGGAGACGGUUGCUACUGGCAGAGCUGUUACUGAGGAUUUGGACCUCUAUGCGACAUCUCGAGAGAGACGGUUUCGAUUAUUUGCAUCUAUAGAAUGUGAAGGACAGUUAUUCAUGACUCCAUAUGAUUUUAUUCUGGCUGUUACAACAGAUGAGCCCAAAUUUGCUAAAACGUGGAAGUCACUUUCUAAACAGGAAUUAAGUCAGAUGCUCUCAGAAACUCCACCAGUUUGGAAGGGAUCAUCAAAGCUCUUUAGAAAUCUUAAAGAAAGAGGUGUGAUUUCUUAUACUGAGUAUCUUUUUCUUUUAUGUAUUUUAACAAAGCCUCAUGCAGGGUUUAGAAUAGCUUUCAACAUGUUUGACACUGAUGGAAAUGAGAUGGUGGAUAAAAAAGAAUUUUUGGUGCUUCAGGAGAUAUUCAGGAAAAAAAAUGAGAAGAGAGAAAAUAAAGGAGAUGAAGAGAAACGUGCGCUGCUGCGUCUUCAACUUUAUGGAUACCAUUCUCCUACUAAUAGUGUACUUAAAACAGAUGCUGAGGAAUUCGUCUCCAGGAGCUACUGGGAUACCCUGAGACGUAACACAAGCCAAGCACUCUUCUCAGACCUCGCAGAGCGUGCUGAUGACAUCACAAGCUUAGUAGCAGACACUACACUUCUGGUACACUUUUUUGGAAAGAAAGGAAAAGCUGAGCUCAACUUUGAAGAUUUUUAUAGAUUUAUGGAUAACCUACAAACAGAAGUUCUAGAAAUAGAAUUUCUUUCCUACUCUAAUGGAAUGAAUACUAUCAGUGAAGAAGAUUUUGCCCAUAUUCUUCUACGGUAUACUAAUGUGGAAAAUACAUCAGUAUUUUUGGAAAAUGUGCGCUACAGUAUACCUGAAGAAAAGGGCAUCACAUUUGAUGAGUUCAGGUCAUUUUUCCAAUUUCUGAACAACUUAGAAGACUUUGCAAUAGCCCUCAAUAUGUAUAACUUUGCAAGCCGUUCCAUAGGACAAGAUGAAUUUAAACGUGCCGUCUACGUAGCUACUGGACUUAAACUUUCACCACAUUUGGUAAAUACCAUCUUCAAAAUUUUUGAUGUUGACAAAGAUGACCAAUUAAGUUAUAAAGAAUUUAUUGGAAUUAUGAAAGACAGACUCCAUAGAGGAUUCCGGGGCUAUAAAACAGUCCAGAAAUAUCCAACCUUCAAAUCCUGCCUGAAAAAAGAACUUCAUAGCAGAUAAAUCCUCUUAAAGUUUGAAGGAUUAUGAUUUAUGAGCAAAGCAAGAAGCAAGUUUCUGAGCAUGGAUCCAAGUGUGAAGUCAGAGCAUGCAGAAAAUAAAGGGAAAGGUGAAAUAUUAUGAAAUUAUAUUUUUUCCUGGAACUGAGUUUGUCAACGUAAAGCAGAGGAAGAUUGAACCUUCUAGUUGCCAACAGUAGCCCUGGGUUUGACCCCUAGUACUACCAAGAGAAAACUUCCUGCAGAUGCUAAAUGUAAUCAGUUGACCGUGCACCUCGACUGACUGAAGUCUGAACUUUUUCAUUCCCUUCACAAUUGUUUAGAUUGUUUAUUUAUUAGAAAUGCCCUUUAUUUCUAAAUAAUUUAUGAAUGAUAGACUAUAGAUGGCUUAAAAACCGAAACACAUUUCCUUCUGGUUUGAGCUGUGAGCCUGUUUUCAGACGAGGAAUAUUGCUUCUGAUUUGUCUUAGGGCCUUUAGACAUGUUCAUAAGUACCUGUUAUUUACCUUGUAUUUAAUCACACUGAAGUAAUUUCAGAAAACAAGUGAAAAUUUACUAAAUAAGAUGGUUUACAUUGUACUUUAAACUUUUAAAAGUACUUAUGUAAUAUACAUUGUUGGAUUUGUGUAAAUUUUUGUUUUUGCUGUUCUUUGUGUGUUUUGUUUUGUUUUUGUACGAAGGUCAACAGGAUUUCAGGUAUUUUAUUUAAAAAGCAAUUUAGCUUUUUUUUUUAAAGAAAACCUAGUGGUCAUAUGCUGAUGUUAGGAGUCAGCACAGCGGUGGUGGUAAUUACCACAGGGGAAACGUGCUCCUUAUUGCAAGUACAAUAUAUGGAAAUAAUAUUAGUAAUAUAUUUACUAUUGUAAUGUAUGUCUAUAGCAUCAAAGCUAAUAUAAAUGGUUUAGAAGAUUGAUGUAUAUUUACUAGGUAGAAGAUAAUCUUUUGUUUCUUGCAAAAGGACCAGAUGCAAAAUUGAUCCAAACAGCCAUUAGUGAUGAAUUCUAUAAUUCAUUACGUCAGAACAAUAUGUCUUAAAAGGAAAAAUAGAACUUUCUAUUGAAAACCCCCACUUAAGAGACUGACCAGGAGGGUUGCAGCUUAAGGCCUGCCUGGGCUGUAAUACAAGCUUGAGGCCCUUGAGCUCUUAGAAGAACCUGCCAAAAUAAAGAUGCUGGGGAAUAAGCAGCUCAGGAGCAGAGUGCUCGCCUGCCGUGUGUGGAGCCUCAGGCUUGAGUCCCAACACUGCAAGUAAAAAAAAGAAGAAGAAAAAGAAUGAAAAAGAGGGAAAGAGGAAAACGAAAUCCUAGAUUUUCACAUUGAAAAAGAAUUGCAGAAUACUUAAUAUAACUUUGGCUACCUGAUAAAAUUGGUUUAUACAAGGGUAUUAUAAAAUAAAGCAACAAGUUUAAGUUAAUAUAUUUAUAUAUCACAUGUAUUAUGUGUUAUUAAUCUAAUAUCUAAAAUAUUAAUAGAUUCAUUCUUCUUCUUCCAUAAAACAUAUUUAGUAUAAAUUGCAUACACUCCAACCAUUUCUUUGCUUUUGCAUAUGAAAAUAGGAAACACUGGCUUUAUUUUUCUAAGUUAUUGAAUGUGAAAUUGAUCUACAUCAGUUUAUUUAUUAAAAAGUAAUGUUAUUUUGGUGUUAUUAGUAUUGAUUUUUGUGUUUUUUAGACUUUUCCACAUUCUUAGUCUGGUAUUAUUUAUUGCACCAAUAUAGAAAUAUAAAUGGGCAUAUGUAGUAUAGUAUACUUAUUUAAUUACACCUGCUUUGAAAUCGUAGUCAUUCGAUGUCUAGACAGAGAUGCCUACCUACUCAUAUUAUCAUGCCUCACACCUGGAAUGUUCUUGGUAAUACACAAAUGUAAAAUAAUUGAAAACAUACAAAUUAAUCUUUGAUUAUAAGUUAUCAUACAUAAAUAGAAACCUUGUUACUAUGGCUUAAAAAUUAAAUAACCUAUUUUAAAAUCCUUUAUAAGUCUUGUCAUUGUUCCAAGGAAAUAACACCCACAAUAUAAGCACAGUCACUAUUCUUUAUUGCUUUAUUGUGAAUUGGUCUAUUUAUAAGGUGUCAGGAUAAUAUAAAAAUGAAAAUAAAUAAAAUAUUCUGAUUAAUAUAAGAGAACAGUGAAUUACAGUUAUUCUCUAUGUGUCACUUUUAAACUUUUUUUGUCUAUAAAUGGAAAUAGAAAUAUCUCCCUGGGAUGUUGGUUUCAUCAAUUGAAAUAUAUUGAAUGUUUUUCAAAUAAUAUACUAAAUGCACAUACAUUAGCUUCAAAAUUUCCCUCUCCAAAUUAUAAAAAUUUCACAAACAUUAAACUCUACAUAAAAUUUUAGUGUUAUGCUAAGAAAGUAUACAUGAUAAAUGAUACUAGGUACUUCUCAGAAUAGUUUAUAAUAAAUUGUUUUAGCUUAAAGUCUGAGUUUUACUAUAAAUCUUAAUUGUAAAGCUACAUGUCUUACAUUGUUAAAUUAUCUUAAAAUAAAUGUACCUCCUUUGAACCAAAAAAC